UCAUCUGUCCUGCCCGGACUGCUGAAAGCGGCCGCAACGCCAUGUUGGCGAAGUCUCCCAUCUCUGUGAGAAAAAAAUGAUAGAAAACAUAAUUGCCGAGAAGAAAAGGUAAAUCGCCGAGGGAGGAAGAAGACCGCGGCGAUUGUUUCAUUUUUAAGAAAAGAACCGAGCCGGAUCCGCAGCGGUUCCGGACGGACGAGGGAGGCUAAACCUCCCAACCGUCCCCAUGAAUAGCAACGCUGAUCCGAACAGCGACUUUCCAUGAAAAAAGACGUUUGUGUUGCUAUUCGAGCUUCGUUAUCCCAGUUUGUUAAAGGGAUUUGGGGCCUGCUUCAGGAUCAGCUACGCUUGCUUUAUGAAUGCAAGCUAAGCUUUGUUUGCAUCAGUAUUUAUUAGUGUAUUGUUUUUGAUUUUUUUUUUUUCCUUUUUUUGCGAUGAGUUUGCCACCGAAAGUGGUCAAUAAGACCGCUGUCGCAGUUAGCGGACCUGGAAGUGGCCCCUCUCCGUCGAGCCAACUGCGGACUACCCUGACCUCCGCUCUAUCGGGAGCCCAAACAGCUCCUCAGCCGGGCGCUGUACCACCAUCUUCGUAUCCUUUCACAUGGGUACCCAGACACGCUGGUCCCGCUUACGCAGCUCACGACAUCACAAAGGGACACCCUAACUUGGCGGGAACCCCGCCUGGACAUGCCCACUCCCCAGCGCUCUCUCAGGUAUCAGUACCCACAGCUUCCCCAUAUCGCUACCCUAAGGGCUGGGAGGCAGGCGGAGGGUCACCAUACAACACUGGGCAAAACGCCGGCUCCACUCCUUUAGUGUAUUCUCCCCAAACACAGCCAAUGAAUGCACAGCCACAGAGUCGCCCGUUUGCUACGGGCCCUCGACCAACCCACCAUCAGUUUUUUCAAAGGACUCAGAUGCAGACUGCGAGGGCCUCGAUGCCGACAAACUCACCCUCCAUUCGUCCGGGUUCGCAGGCUCCUGCGGCGGCUGUCUACCCCACCAAUCAGCCCAUCAUGAUGACCAUGGCCCCAAUGCCUUUUCCUUCCCCACAGGCUCCACAGUACUACAUCCCACAGUAUCGGCCCAGUACACAAUAUGUGGGACCGCCACAGCAGUAUUCAGUGCAGCCGCCUGGUUCUGGCACCUUCUACCCCGGUCCAGGACCAGGGGAGUACUCCAACCCAUAUCAUCCCCUCAGGUAUCACCCUCCGGUUUCACCCUCUGUCCCUGCUCCCGUUCCUACAGCGGGCCCAACCUUCUACCCUGGCCAGACUCUGUUUCCCCACUCGCCCUCGAUCAUAGUGCCUACACAACAGCAACCUCAACCAGCCAGGCGUGAGAAGAAAACAAUCUGUAUCCGCGACCCAAAUCAGGGCGGUAAGGAUAUCACAGCAGAGAUUUUGGCAGGGGGCUCAGGGAGCAGGAACUCAACGCCUCCUGUCGGUCCCCCUUCCUCCACCCCAACACCACCACAGCACCCGAGCAGCAGCCAGACUCCGGAGCAGCAGCAGUCACAGCCCCCGCCUCCUCAGCAGCAACAGGCUCAUCCCGGAGGCCUGGCGCUUGAGCCGCUGCAGAUGCAGCAGCCGCCACUAACGACCGGGGCUUCAGACACCAAACCAGGGCCAGUGGAUUUGCCAAAACUGGAGCCAGUCGUCCAGACGUCUUCCUCUCCUGCGCUCCUGCAGCCUGAAGCCCCUCUAGAGAGACUGGAGGCUGAUGUUUCCGUGUCUGAGCCCUCCUCCUCCGUUGAGCCAGAGCUUCCCUUCCACGCCGCCGCCACAGCCGCUCCGCCACCUACAGCACCCAGCGCCGGUCCCUCAGCCAGGGAGCCCGCUGCCUCAGCCGCCUCCUCUGGUGGAGAGAGCAAAUCACCCAUGGUAGCACCUCAUAUGCCCAGCAUGGACAAACCUCUUCCAGAACCACCGCAGACUUUUGAUGCUUCUCCGUCAGCUGCCCCCAAGGCUUUGAACGGCCUCGCCGACUCAGGGAGUGAGCUCGACGCUGUGGCUCUCGAAGUCCCCCUUGUCCCACCGGCUUCUGCUCCCACUUACAGAGAUGCCUCCUCCUCUGAAAGCGCGCCCACUGACAUGAGGCCAGAGGUGCCAAUUGCUGCUGUGCUCUCCCCUCUGUCACCUGUCGCCGUGGUGCCUGUCACCCUUACUUCCAGCCCCCUCCCAUCCCUGCCAGUCAUGCUCCCCCCCGGCCUCCCGCCUCUUGUGCAGGCCACAGCAGAGGCAGACGAGCCGAGCAAGACCCUCGACGUAAAGGACCUCAUCUCCAGAGCAGGAAUGGAGGCGCAAAGCGAGAGCAAAAUGGAUUCCCAGCAACAGGCGCUGAUCAGGAGGAGCCCUACAACAGUUAAUCAGACUUCUUCUGCUAUACCAAAGACCUGGAGAAAACCAAAUGAAAUAUUCUGUGCUGGAGAUUCACCUCACAAGGACGAUGAGGAGGAGCCCAAAUUUGUCUGCUCGCCUGCUGGUGACCAGGCCCUUCAGUUGGCCCCCCUCAGCUGCAGCCCUGGGCCCUUGCCGUCAGUCUUCCCCUCAGCCGCCACUCCCACUAGCAGCCCCGAUACUGACGAAAAGUCCAGCGUUUCUGAGGAGAACGGCGAGGCGGAGUCUGAACCCCUAAGAAACGGAGCAGGCCACACCUCUGAGACAGAGAGCAGCGACGGUGGCGCCACCCCUGGAGACAAGGAGAACUCCACAGGGACUCCUCAAGAUGUGGACGACCUCACUGAUCCGAGUGGGAAGCGACAGUAUGGUAGAGACUUCCUGUUGGGCUUCCAGUUCAUGCCUCAGUGCAUACAGAAACCCGAGGGGCUCCCACCAAUCAGUGAUGUGGUGCUAGACAAGAUGAACCAAAACAAGUUGCCAUCUCGGGCAGUGGACUCCAGGGUGAUUUCCAGGGGUCCGGAUUUCACACCUGCUUUCGCCGAUUUUGGGAGGCAGAUGACCGGAGGACGAGGAGCAGCUCUGAUGAACAUGGGCACACGCCGGCCUCCACCCAGGAAGAUCAUCGUCAACGUGCCCGUCAACGAUGAUGUUCAGCUCAAGAAGUCGGAGAACGCCUGGAAGCCCGGCAUGAAGAGGGAGGGCCUUCCAGAGGAUCCAGAGGCGCAGAAAACACAGGAGCUCUUCAGGAAGGUACGAAGCAUCCUGAACAAGCUGACGCCACAAAAGUUCAACCAGCUGAUGAAGCAGGUCACCGAUCUGACUAUCGAUACCGAGGAGAGGCUCAAAGGGGUCAUCGACCUGGUUUUUGAGAAGGCCAUUGAUGAGCCCAGCUUCUCUGUGGCUUAUGGACAAAUGUGUCGGUGCCUAGCUACACUCAAAGUGCAGAUGACAGACAAACCCAACUCCACUGUAAACUUUCGUAAACUGCUGCUAAAUCGCUGCCAGAAGGAGUUUGAGAAAGACAAGGCAGACGACGUGGUGUUUGAGAGGAAGCAGAAAGAGCUGGACUCUGCUGCAUUGGCGACAGAGCGCGAGCGGCUUCAGGAGGAGCUGGAGGAAGCCAAGGAUAAGGCCAGGCAUCGCUCCAUCGGCAACAUCAAGUUCAUCGGCGAGCUCUUCAAGCUCAAGAUGCUGACCGAAGCCAUCAUGCAUGACUGCGUGGUCAAGCUGCUAAAGAACCACGACGAGGAGUCUUUAGAGUGCCUGUGCAGGCUGCUUACCACCAUUGGGAAGGACCUGGACUUUGAAAAAGCCAAGCCUCGCAUGGAUCAGUAUUUCAACCAAAUGGAAAAAAUUGUCAAGGAGCGGAAGACAUCGUCUAGGAUACGGUUUAUGCUCCAGGAUGUUAUAGACCUAAGAUUGCACAACUGGGUGUCGAGGAGAGCCGACUCGGGCCCAAAGACCAUCGAGCAGAUCCACAAGGAGGCCAAGAUUGAAGAGCAGGAAGAGCAGCGGAAGGUUCACCAGCAGCUGCUCUCCAAAGACAGCAAGAGACGGCCGGAUCCACGAGAGCAGAGGGAAUCCCGCAAAGAGGAAACCUGGAGCACUGUGCCCAUGACAAAGAACAGCAGGACCAUCGACCCCAAUAAGAUCCCAAAGAUCUCCAAGCCUCAGAUGGAUGAGAAGAUCCAGCUGGGGCCUCGGGCUCAAGUCACGUGGGUGAAGGGCAGCAGUGGAGGGGCCAAAGCCAGCGACUCUGAACUAUCUCGGACCGCCGGCCUGAACCGUUUCUCUGCACUGCAGUCCACACCUUUACCUCAGCCCUCCACCACGCCUCCACAGAACCCCGACUAUGACUCCCGAAGAACUCUGGGAAGCAGUCGGAACAACGCGGCCAGAGAACGCAGCGAAAAGACGCUGAUCUCUGCCCCGUCGUCGUCGCGGCCCGGCCCGUUCGUCAGGGGCGGUAGCGCCAAAGAGCUGCUGGAAACUCAAAACCCGGAGGAGCUGCGAAGAGAGCGGGAGGGAGCAGAACCUCGGAGGCCGAGCGUCGCUGAGGACAAAACCGAGCCGGAGCGCAGUAAAGUCAGGGAACCUGUGAAACCUGAGCCAGUGGUUCAGAAGCCAGACAGACCUGCCCGGUCAGAGGAGGAGAUCGAACGGAAGUCAAAGUCCAUUAUUGACGAGUUUCUGCACAUAAACGAUUACAAGGAGGCUGUCCAGUGUGUGGACGAGCUGGACUUGGGGUCUCAGUUGCACAUCUUUGUGCGCGUCGGGGUGGAGUCGACCCUGGAGCGCAGUCAGAUCACGCGGGACCACAUGGGCCAGCUCCUCUUCCAGCUGGUGCAGCAGGGAAUGCUGCCCAAAGCACAGCUAUACCGAGGGUUUGCAGACACGUUGGAGCUGGCCGACGACAUGGCCAUCGACAUUCCCCACAUAUGGCUGUACCUGGCUGAGCUGCUCAGCCCUUUGCUGAAGGACGGAUGCUUCUCUAUGAGAGAGCUCUUCAGUGAAUUAAGCAAACCUUUGCUUCCUGUUGGAAGAGCUGGGAUCUUAAUAUCUGAAAUACUGCACAUACUAUGCAAACAAAUGAGCCAUAGGAAUGUGGGAUCAUUGUGGAGGGAAUCGGGCCUGAACUGGACCGACCUGCUACCAGAAGGCGAGGAUGUCCAGGCUUUCAUCUCACAACAGAAACUUCAGUUCCUUCAGUUUGAAGGUUCGAGUCCUGAGGAGGUGCAGACCAAAAGGAUCUUGUCUCCUGAGGAGCUGAGUCAGCAGCUGGAGAAGCUCCUCCUGGAGGACAUGGCAAGCGACGAGCAGAUCUUCGACUGGGUAGAGGCAAACCUGGAUGAGUCCCAGGCGAGCUCGUCUCCCUUCCUGAGGGCUUUGAUGACGGCUGUGUGUAAAGCAGCAGUGAAAGAUGAGAACCCUAACUGUCGUGUGGACACGGCCAUCAUCCAGAAGAGGUUGCCUGUUUUACUCAAGUACCUUAACUCAGACACUGAGCGACAGCUGCAAGCACUUUAUGCACUUCAGUCACUGAUUGUUUCCCUCGAUCAGCCUCCAAAUCUUCUCCGGAUGUUCUUCGACUGUCUGUAUGAUGAGGAUGUCAUCUCAGAGGACGCUUUUUAUAAGUGGGAGUCGAGCAAAGACCCUGCCGAGCAGGACGGGAAAGGUGUGGCCCUCAAGUCCGUCACCGCGUUCUUCACUUGGCUGCGGGAAGCCGAGGAGGAGUCGGAGGAUAAUUGACGAGGGCGACUCCCGGGACACGGCGUAGUGGAACGGCAUCCUUAACAGCAGAACAAAUUUUUCAAGUGGCUGCACGGACAGGGCGACGUGUUUACGGCUGGAACUUUGUUUUUGUUUUGUUUUCCCUCCCCCUGCGGUACAGUCCUGAAGCCUACCGCCAUCUUCAGUUUGGAUUCCAACGGUGGAAGCACUAAAUACUGUAUCAUACAUAGAAAAUAUUUUUGUUUUAAAUUUUAACUUACUUUUUUGUUACUUUUUAAGAAGAGACUUAAAGAUAAAUAGGUUCUGGACUCCUUAAUUUAUUAUUUUUUUAAGGACUGCAAAUACGAAAAUUAUUUAACAUUUGCAGAUGCUCACAACAAGAACGCGACAACAGAAAUAACAAUAUAAUUACUUAUAAUAACAAAAUAAUUGUGAGAUAAGUAUCCCCCCUGGAUUUCAUUCUGGUUGAGAACAGGGUAAAAAGCAUCUUUAUUUUAGGAUGAAGGGGAAGCAGAAAUGAAAGAAAGGAGUGAAUAGACAAGAACUCAUAACUCUGUUGGUCAAAGGUCAUCUUGUCAUUACCAGGAAGUUAUUUUCUUCAGCCUUGGCUCACUCUGCGUUGUGAACACCUCAAGAGAAGGAAAAUAUGCAUCUAGGAAGUGAUGCAAAUCAGAACUUAUCAAGUUACGCAGAUGAACAAAGUGGUAAAGAACUAAAGUUCAGCAUUCAAAAGCUAAAGGCCAGGGUCGCUGAAAACAAGAUGCUUGUAAUACUUCUUCCGACCUACAGAGCAGAGUAAAGCUUGUAAAUACAUUAAAGACAAAAAAUGUAUUUAAAA